AUGGAGCUAUUGACCGUCAAUGAUAUCAAUGAAUCGGCUUCGCCUGGAAAUUCACCUCAACGGCAUUAUUCAAAUAAAAUCGAUGAACGAUAUUUGCAUUCACCCACAUUGAAAUUUAUUGAUGACUACAUAAGAAAGCAGAAUCGUUCAAAUAGUCAAAAUUUUACUACACAAACUAUUGCAGUUUUAGUUCUGUCAAAAUUACAAUUAAGCUCUGUUGGCGAUGUAUCACAAUAUCAUUAUCUUCAAAUAUUAGAUUUAAGCUGUAAUUUUAUCGCAUCAAUCGAAAAAUUAUCUAACUGUACAUUCCUUGUUAAAUUAGAUUUACACAGUAAUCGGAUCGCUAGUUUACCCGAUGGAUAUUUUUGGCAAAGUUUAACUAAACUAAAAAUCUUAUAUUUACAUGACAACUUGCUGUCAUCCUAUGACGAUGUAAAAAAUUUGAGCAGUUCACCAUCUCUUGAAGUCCUCACAAUGCACGAUACACCAUUGAGUUUAAAGAAGAAUUAUCGACAUCAUGUUGUUAACAGUAUUUGGUCGUUGAAAGCUUUAGAUCAAUUUAUUUUAGCCGAUGAUGAAAUUAUUGAAAAAACACAUUUUCCCGAACCAUACACCGCAUUUUCAAUACCAUUUAAACUUAAUCUUUAUAUUGUGACUGGUAAAAAUAGUUCAAUUCGUGAUGAACUGAAUACAAUACAAUCUCUUAUUUCAAAAAUUAAUUAUACUCAAUCACAUUAUUGUCCUGUACUAAUAUUACAAAAAAAUUUUCGAACAUGGAUACAACAAAAACAGUUAUUAAAUAAAUUGUUAGCUCAAGGAAGGUACACGCCGACUGAUGGAAAUAAUAAAAAUCGUCGAAUAACACUUCAUAUGGAUCAUUUAAUCAAUGACUCAACCAAUGACAAACUUCCCAUGUAUUUUGAUCAUGUACAUUCACCAUCAGAAUUUGGUACCAAAGCGCGUGCAAAUACUCGACAAACAAAAACUACUACUUCAAAAUAUUCAAUAUCAAAAAAUAAAUAUUCUGAUGAUUUAGUUAGUGAACAAGACACAUCAUCUCCUGGCAUUUUACAAGGGCAAAAAUCACAAUUAACUGUUUAUGAACCAAUCGAAGAGCUAAAUGAUGAGAUACGUGUAGCACGAGCCUAUGUUCAAUCAAUCAAAGAUAAUAGUCAUCAGCGAAAGAAAAAAGCAGAGAUUCGUGAUAUUCCCAUGCAUCGACAAUCAAAAAUUGAUACAUUUGAUGAUCGUCUACUUCGUACACUUCAUGGUAGUAUGGCAUUUGGAUGUUUGGUCGCAAUUGAUAAAGCCUAUGCGGAUCGAAAUAAAAUUGAACAAAAAAAACUAAAUGCUGAACAAAUUGAACAGACACGAACAGAACAAAAUUUUAUUAAUUCACAGUUAAAACAUUUGAAUCAAGAUCGCUUGCAAAGCAUUCAUCGUUCAAAAAAUCAUGAGCGUAUUCAUCAGACAUACAUUCGUCGUAAAAUGGAAAAUUCUCAAUCACAAUUACACGAUCAUGUGCAAGAACAACGUCGACAAUUAUAUGAACAACAGCAAAAACGUCGACAAAUGAUUGCGUUUAGUGUUGCAUUGAAUAGUCAACACAUAUCAAUAUCAAAUGCAUUACAAAAACAUGAACGAAACGUGAAAAAUGAGAUUGAUAAACAGAAAAAGUCGGAUUUUGUACAAGUACAACGUGAUCAUAAUCAAGUACAAACAGCUUUAAUUGAAAAAUAUUUACAACAACGAACGUAUGUACGACGAGCACUGUCAAAUAUUGAACGAAAAAACUUAGAUAUUCAAACAAUGAAAGAUGCCAGUGAUCGAUUGGCAAUUGCUCAACAACGUGUAGCAAAAAUUCGUGCUAGAGAAUCAAAUAUUCAACAAUUUAGUCUAGUUCGAUUUCAAAACAAUGAUGAUCUAAGACGAAAAACUCAAAGUUUGACAGAAUCCAUGUUAGAGAGAGAAUCAUUGUUUGAUACAAUGGUAGAUAGGAUCAAACCACUUGAAGCUUAA